ACCCCGACCCGACUCCACCCCCUCCAGCCCCUCCGCAUUCCAGCUCCGGGCGGGCGCCGGUCCACGCGGGCGGCCUCGUGCGGGCCGUGGCUCGCCGGGUGCCUGCGGCCGCCGGUUCUGUCCUCCCCUUCGCGGCAGCGGCUGGCCCUGGGCCAGGCUGUGUGUCUGGCUUGGCCCCUCCGGUGCUCACAGUGGGUCACGUUCUGAAAGCCCCGUAGGCACAGCCCGUCUGAGCGGAGGCCUCCAGCGGCCUCAGGCUUGGGGCCAAGGGCCGGUGCUCGGAGGGAGGGAACAGGGCGUGGGGCCGGGUGGGACCGAUGCGCCCUCCCCUCCGGUGGCUCCUGCGGCUCCUGCGGCUAAGGCCCCGCAGCGCUGUGCGGCCUCUGGGGCGGUGCGGCCCGGCCCCCGCCGGAUUAGGAGCUGGGCUGGGCUUAGACUGCACAUGAGCUUCGUGGGACCUGGCUGCUGCUGCCCCACAUUUAAGUGGAAUGCUCAGCUGUGGUCCCGACUCGUGUCAGCCUGGUGAACAUAGGUAGGUGCCCUUUAAGCUGAGGGCAGGCAGCUGGGAGAGGAUGGUGACUCCCUGGCGCUUCUCUGUCAGGCUCUGCUUGUCACACCUAAGGGGUUUUGAGCUCCGAAAGGGAUUCAGUCUUUUCAGACCCUCCAGACGGAAUUCCAGACUAUGCUGGCUUCUGCUUGGCACUUUGCCCAAAUUUGUCUCUGUCCGUGGGGACAUUGGCGACGGGGCCCCUGAGCCCUUGGGUCGGCGAAGGGCCAGCUGGGUUGAACUGGCGGAAAAUGGGCCGCUGGAAAGAGUGCCCCACGAGGGGCGGCUCGGCUGCCUCCUCCUGUACCUCCGGAUUGGGCUCCGCGCUGGGGCUCUCCUGGUGAAAUUCUUCCCCCUCCUUCUACUCUACCCUCUCACCUACCUGGCUCCCAGCAUCUCCAGCCUCUGGCUCUUCCUGCUUCUGAAAGCCACCGAGACGUCAGGCCCGACGUACAUCAAACUGGGCCAGUGGGCCAGCACCCGGCGAGACCUUUUCUCAGAGGCGUUCUGUGCCCAGUUCUCCAAGCUGCAUGUCCGGGUGACCCCACACCCUUGGAGUCACACGGAGCACACCCUGCAGCAGGCCUUUGGGGAGGACUGGGGGAAGGUCCUGUGCUUUGAGAAGCAGGAACCUGUGGGUUCAGGCUGCGUCGCCCAAGUGUACAAAGCGCGUGCCAAUCCUGUCUUCCUGGAGAACGACAGCAUCCAGAGACUCGCCCAGGCCUCCAGGCUGCGGCCUUGCUCAGAAGCUGGGGCACUGGAGGGGCCGAGAGCACUCUUUGGACACCUGGAGAAGGAAUGGAGAUCUCAAGGAAGUCUUGCUGACCAGUCAUUUCUAGAAAGACUGCUUCUCCCUAAAGCCGACCUGGCUGGAUCGGACUCAGUGGUGUCUCAGGCUUUGGCGCCUGCCCACCUAUCUGAACCACAUCACCUCAUCCCCGUGGCAGUGAAAGUAUUGCACCCUGGCCUGCUCUCUCAGGUGAAAAUGGACCUGCUGCUGAUGAAGAUGGGCAGCCAAGUCCUUACACUUUUGCCAGGAAUCAAGUGGCUUAGCUUGCCUGAGAUAGUGGAGGAAUUUGAGAAGCUCAUGGUCCAACAGAUCGACCUGCGUUACGAAGCUCGGAAUCUCGAGCACUUCCAGUCCAACUUCCUGAACGUGAAGUCUGUCAGGUUCCCCACCCCUCUGCAUCCCUUUGUCACCAGGGAUGUUUUGGUGGAAACAUAUGAAGAGAGCGUGCCCGUGUCCAGUUACCAGCAGGCAGGGAUUCCCGUGGACUUGAAGAGGAAGAUUGCUCGGCUGGGGAUCGACAUGCUCCUGAAGAUGAUAUUUGUGGACAACUUUAUCCAUGCGGACCUCCACCCUGGGAACAUCCUGGUCCAGGGUGCCGAUGCUCUUUCCCAGAGCCAGGAGGCACGGCUGCAGCAGGUGGAUGCCUGUGACACACUGUUGGUGUCCAUGACGCCUGCCCGGUGCCCCCUGCGCCUGGUGCUCCUGGAUGCUGGUAUUGUGGCUGAGCUGCGAGCUGCUGACCUGAGGAACUUCCACGCAGUUUUCAUGGCCGUAGCGAUGGGGCAGGGCCAAAGAGUGGCCGAGCUCAUCCUGCAUCACGCUCGGGCCAGUGAGUGCAAGGACGUGGAGCGAUUCAAGGCGGAGAUGGCCACACUAGUAACGCAGGCCAGGAAGAACACUAUCACCCUGGAAAAGCUCCAAGUUUCCAGCCUUCUCUCGAAUGUCUUUAGGUUACUGAUGACUCACAAGGUAAAGCUUGAGAGCAACUUCGCCUCCAUUGUGUUUGCCAUCAUGGUGCUCGAGGGGCUUGGUCGCUCACUGGACCCCAAACUGGACAUCCUGGAGGCAGCCAUGCCCUUCCUGAUGAAAGGGCCAGUGUCUUCCUUCUGACUGGCAGUGGCAAAACGCAAGCGUGCAGUGGGCCUUCCUCUCGGAACUGAAGGCUCCUCUCAGCAGCCUCUCCUGGGGCAGUGAGAACUUACAAAUUGGGAUGUGGUGGAGGGAAUGCAUUGCUUUUCUCUCUGAUUUGGCUUUAGGCAUCUGUUUAAAUGGUUUUGUGCUAUUUGGGGAAGUAAAGGGAGGGGAGAUUCCUAUCUAUUCAGUUGUAGGAGCUGGACCUGAUGGGAGACUAUUUCAAGGAAAAGGACGAAUAAACUCGUUAUUUUUUCUUCUUUUUCUCUCUUCUUAACUCUGUAAUCCCUCAUCAGGUAUGUCUAUCUGGCCUUUGAUAAUUAAGUUAGAAAAUGUCAUACUAUCUUGUAUAGAUCCAUGGCUUCCAAUUUUUAAAUGUACCCUUAUUGGUAAAAAGUUGAAUAUAUUUCUGUACACAUACAUAUAUAUUUAUAUAUUAUAUGCAGGUGACAAUGUACACUGACAAACAUCUGGAGGUACAAUGUACACUUAGGGCAAAUUUCACUGUAUUUCAAAUGAUCUUCUUUAUACUUU